UAAGCUGGGGGUGCUCAGUGCUCACACGCACCAGCUCCGUCGACACCCCACCAGACACACUCGUACACUAGCUGUAAUAGAUCGAUGGGCAAGCUCGUCUCCGCCGCGCUCCUCCUGGUGCUGCUGCUCGCGGCGACGGGGGAGAUGGGAGGCCCGGUGGCGGUGGCGGAAGCUCGGAGGUGCGAGUCGCUGAGCCACAGGUUCGCGGGCCUCUGCCUGCGCGGCCACAACUGCGCCAACGUCUGCCGGACCGAGGGCUUUCCCGACGGGAAGUGCCGCGGCGCCCGCCGCCGCUGCUUCUGCACCACCCACUGCCGCUAGUAGCCUAGCUGCAUGCAUGCUGGCACCUUUGUGCGUGUGCCGUGUCCAUGUCCAUGAAUAAACCUAACGAGGCGUUUGGUUGGAGA